AUGAGAGCUGCUGGAUCUGCCUUGCCUGCUUGUCGUCUGCUGAAGCUGGGUUUACUGCCGCGCCACGCUGCACUGGCACAGAGCAGAGUCACGGCCCAUUUGCACACCGUCCGCACACUCAGCACCAACACGGAGCCACACAGCACCGGUCCUCACCCCAGCCAGCACCACCAGCAAGGAAAAUCAGGGACCGAGCUCACCAGGUUUUCUCCAUCAUCAAGGGGGACGCAGCAGCUACGAGGGGGCCUGACGCUACAAUUUAGGCACCAGCUGCUACCUCAACCAAAUCCCCCUCCACCCUAUCCCAUCCUUACCAACACCACCACCACUCCUCUCUUGCUCCUCCCUAUGCCCUUGUCCUCGGCGGCUCCACUCACCUCCCUGGCCAGUAUAUGGAUAGAAGCUCCCUGUUUCAGCUCAUACAAGAGCAGUGUGAAAUCUCUGUGCUUUGAGUUUUCCUUUGAUAAUAAGAAGGUCCUGGGGCCUCAUGUACAAAGGGUUCCCGAGGGCAAUCCUCCUGGAACUGUGCGCAGAGCUGCCGCCGGCCUUGGAGCGCGACACAGCGAGGAGCCAUGCGCUGCCUGUAUCCAUACAGGUGCUGACCACACUGGGGUUCCUAGCAACCGGGGCAUUCCAGAGGGAGCUGGCCGACCGAUCGGGACUGUGCCAGUCGACCUGAGCCGAGCCAUGCCAGCCGUGUGGGACGGAAUUAUCCGCAUGUCAGCCAGUCUGUUGUUUUUCCAGCUGGACCCAGAAAACACCGGUUUCAUCGCAGUGGAGAACUUCACCAGCUUGGUGGAGCACCAUGAGCUGCAGCUGGACCCGUCCAAGCUGGACAUGCUGUUAGCCCUGGUCCAGAGCAAUGAAGACGGACAGGUGUGCUACCAGGAGCUCAUCGAGCUGAUGAGCAGUAAGCGCUCCAGCAGUUUCCGACGGGCCAUCGCCAAUGGCCGCCGCACGCUGCAGAGGGAGAUCCUGCUGGACGAGACGGGGCUGGGUCUGUACAAACGUUUUGUUCGCUAUGUGGCCUACGAGAUCUUGCCCUGCGAGACGGACCGACGCUGGUACUUCCAUCAGAACCGCCUUUGUCCCCCACCUGUCUUUAUCGCCAUCGUCACCAUUGUGCAGAUUAUCGUGUUCAUGUGCUAUGGCAUCAUGCUAAACAAGUGGGUGCUGCAAACCUAUCAGCCUGACUUCAUGAAGAGCCCCCUGGUCUACCAUCCCGGCCACCGUGCACAAGUGUGGCGCUUCUUCAGCUAUAUGUUCAUGCACGUCGGUUUGGAGCAGCUGGGGUUCAAUGCUUUACUGCAGCUGAUGAUUGGUGUUCCUUUGGAGAUGGUCCAUGGCAUCUUACGAAUAAGUCUCCUGUACAUGGCAGGAGUGCUGGCCGGCUCACUGACAGUGUCCAUCACCGACAUGCGUGCUCCAGUGGUGGGGGGCUCCGGCGGCGUCUACGCUCUGUGCUCAGCACAUCUGGCCAACGUCGUCAUGAACUGGGCCGGGAUGCGCUGUCCGUACAAGCUGCUCCGCAUGAUCCUGGCGCUAGUUUGCAUGAGUUCGGAGGUGGGCCGUGCAGUGUGGCUCCGCUUCUCACCGCCGCUGCCGUCCUCGGGGCCCCAGCCCAGCUUCAUGGCACACCUCUCGGGGGCCGUGGUUGGCAUCAGCAUGGGGCUGCUGAUUUUACGCAGCUAUGAGGAGAGCCUGCAGAAACAAUGCUCCUGGUGGGUCAUCGUCUUCUCCUUCAUCACCUUCCUCCUCUUCGCCAUCUUCUGGAACAUCUUUGCAUAUGAGCUUCUGGGGGUGCAGAUACCUCCACCCCCCUGA